UGAUUGGUCGCAGAAUACUAGAACGAGAAAGCAACACAAAAUGGUUGACGUUGUCAAAAUGCUGAUAAGAGUCACGUAACUUCGUCGUAUUGCUGAGAAGAUAAAUUAGAAAAAAAGUGGAAAAUGACAGCAGUGGCUGAUGCCAGUGAUGCCCAUGGGCAGAAAUGGAUGAAAUCUGGACGAUCAGUUGUUUAUUCAUUUGUGCGAUUUGUUAACUGCACUAAGAGGCGUGUAGAUAUUAUAUGGCUGAACUAUGAAGGAGCUCGGGUCAAGUACCGAACUUUGCAGCCUCAUCAGUUUGUAGAUGCAAACACAUUUGUCGGUCACCCGUGGGUGUUUCGAGAUGCUGACACGGGAGACAGAUUAAUGGUACAGCUUCGUGAGGUGUACGAACCUGUUGGGUGGUCGUCGUCUGAUGGCUGGCCCCCACAGCGUAAGGUUGUCAAUAUUUCUAUUCCAGUAUAUUCUUUGAAACAGAGAUGCAUUCAAGUUGUUCGGAGUUUUGUCAAUCACAAUUCAGUUUCUCUUUUGGACUUGCCAGUAUCGCUAAAGGUAGAUUUGAAAAAUGCUUUUAAUUCAGCCUGUUCAAACACUGACAGCUAGCAAAUAUAAGAAGACACAAUAUUGCAAGAUUGACCAUUUGAAGAGGAAAAACUUUUCAGUAAAUUUAUUCAGAGGAGAUUCUGACUCUACUGACACUUUCUAAGGUGAAGACAGAAGGAACUCCUCGGUGUAACUUGUCAGACGGAAAAGACGAUUUCCAAAUGGGAGUGAUUCUUAAACAAAACUUUCCAAAGGGAAGGAACUCUUAAUAGAAACUGUUCCAAAGAGAACAAAAUCUGUGGAAGUGGAUCUUUGAGGAAAAAUAACAACUCUUUAGUAGUGUUUCCUCAAAGAUUAAAUUUUUUCUUUGAAUUUUUGAAAUGGCAUUUAAAGACGUUCAGCACAUUUAUAUAUUUAGGUCCACACAAGAUAAUACCAUGCCAUUGAUUCUGUUUUCUAGCUUGAAUUUUUUUUAAAAGUCCUUUUAAAACAGAAAAUAUUUCAGCUAAGCUGGCCCAUUCAUGUUAUAAUGCAAAUUAAUAAUAAUAGAUUUUUAAAAAAGAUAAUUGUUUUAAUUAUGCAAAUAGUAAUGUGUAUGUAUAUUCUUAAUACAGAUUAACUUUUUAGUUUGUUUGGUCUUACAGUGUAAAUAAUUUAGUGGUUAAGCCAAAAACAAAUAGGAUUUUGAUCUUGUGUAGCAUGUUACGGCUGUGUACAUGAUGUCCUAAAGUUAAGGUGUGAAUGAAAAAUGGGAUAAAUGCAAAAUUAGACUUAUGAAAGUGAUGAAUGGAUGAAAUCAUUGUGCAUACCAUUUGCAGUGCUGAAUGUACAUGUGCAAUCUUCUGUUUCAAAGUUCGGUUGAGGAUCAAUAGCUCAACAACGUUUUUAAAAAAUAAUGAUCACCUCAAACAGUAAAUUUUUUAAUUUAGUCAUAAUUCGUAGAAAGUGCCAGUAGGAGCAAUGUUUUGGUUCAAAUAGCUGGACAGAUAAGGACUGGGAUGUGGAGUUGGACCUCAAAAGAAGUUAAAAGAUGGAGGAGUUGCCAGAAUAUAUACAUAUAGAUAUAUAUACAUACAAAUAAUGUGCUAUUGUUCACUUGUAAUUAGAACCCUCAAAAGUGCUUAAGUGUAAUAUAUGUGCAGACCCUAUGACAAAACAUCAAUAUAGUUAAUAUAAUAAUAGCAAUAACACAGUGAAAUUUCCUGACUAUGGAUUAGGGUUUUAGUUGAAGUAACUCUUUGCUAUUACUGUUUAAGUGAUUCCUUAUUUCUUUCCAUCGGUAUAUUAAAGGGACACACCCUAGUUACGGCUAGUUGUUAACCAUUACGGCGUUGUUUUUCGCUAUUAAACCCAUUUUUUCACAAAUAAAAUUGCACUUUACUUAC